AUGUCCUCUUCCUCCCCCACCGGGCAGAUUGCAAGUGCGGCGGACAUCAAGCAGGAGAAUGGGAUGGAAAGCGCCUCGGAGGGGCAGGAGGCGCCCCGAGAAGUGGCGGGGGGCGCGGCGGCGGCGGCGGGGCUGAGCCCCCCGGCUCCAGCCCCUUUCCCCCUGGAGCCGGGGGACGCCGCGGCCGCCGCCGCCAGGGUGAGCGGACAGGAAGGGGCAGUGGCGGCGGCGGCCGGGGCGGCGGUGGAUCAGGUACAACUCCACUCGGAACUUCUGGGCAGGCACCACCACGCCGCGGCCGCCGCCGCCGCGCAGACCCCACUGGCCUUCUCGCCCGACCAUGUCGCCUGCGUGUGCGAGGCGCUGCAGCAGGGGGGCAACCUGGACCGCCUGGCCCGGUUCCUGUGGUCCCUGCCCCAGAGCGACCUGCUACGUGGCAACGAGAGCCUGCUGAAGGCGCGGGCGCUGGUGGCCUUCCACCAGGGCAUCUACCCCGAGCUCUACAGCAUCCUCGAGAGCCACAGCUUCGAGUCGGCUAACCACCCGCUGCUGCAGCAGCUCUGGUACAAGGCGCGCUACACCGAGGCCGAGCGAGCCCGCGGCCGGCCGCUGGGCGCGGUGGACAAGUACCGGCUGCGCAGGAAAUUCCCCCUGCCCCGCACCAUCUGGGACGGCGAGGAGACGGUGUAUUGUUUCAAGGAGAAGUCGCGCAACGCGCUCAAGGAGCUCUACAAGCAGAAUCGCUACCCUUCGCCCGCCGAGAAGCGGCACCUGGCCAAGAUCACCGGCCUCUCCCUCACCCAGGUCAGCAACUGGUUCAAGAACCGCCGGCAGCGCGAUCGGAACCCCUCCGAGACCCAGUCCAAAAGUGAGUCAGAUGGCAAUCCUAGCACUGAAGAUGAAUCCAGCAAGGGUCAUGAAGACUUGUCUCCUCAUCAACUCUCCAGUUCAUCCGAUGGUGUCACCAACCUCAGCCUUUCCAGUCACCUGGAGCCAGUAUAUAUGCAACAAAUUGGAAAUGCUAAAAUAUCGUUAAGCUCCUCUGGAGUUUUAUUGAACGGAAGUUUGGUACCUGCAAGUACUUCACCUGUCUUCCUUAAUGGUAAUUCUUUCAUUCAGGGACCCAAUGGAGUUAUCCUUAAUGGAUUAAGUGUGGGAAAUACACAGACAGUAUCUUUGAACCCACCAAAAAUGGCAUCAAACAUUAUGAGCAAUGGUAUAUCCAUGACUGACAUACUGGGGUCUACCUCCCAGGAUGUGAAGGAAUUCAAAGUUCUCCAGAGCUCUUCAGCGAACUCAGCAGCCACCACCUCCUAUAGCCCCAGUGCUCCCGUGUCGUUCCCAGGGCUGAUACCCAGCGCUGAGGUGAAAAGAGAAGGUAUUCAAACAGUAGCUUCCCAGGAUGGAGGCUCUGUGGUGACUUUUACCACACCAGUGCAAAUUAACCAGUAUGGCAUCGUCCAGAUCCCCAAUUCUGGAGCAAACAGCCAGUUCCUUAAUGGGAGCAUUGGAUUCUCUCCACUGCAGCUGCCUCCUGUUUCAGUGGCAGCUUCACAAGGUAAUAUUUCAGUAAAUUCAAGCACUUCAGAUGGGAGCACAUUUACAAGUGAGUCUGCCACAGUCCAACAAGGAAAGGUUUUCUUGAGCUCUCUUGCUCCCAGUGCAGUGGUAUACACUGUUCCUAAUUCAGGCCAGACUAUAGGAUCUGUUAAACAGGAGGGCGUGGAGAGGAGCCUGGUGUUUUCUCAGUUGAUGCCUGUCAAUCAGAACGCGCAAGUAAAUGCAAACCUAUCUUCUGAAAGUAUCUCGGGAAGUGGCCUCCACCCACUGUCCUCCUCAUUAGUUAAUGUAUCCCCAGCUCACAACUUCUCCCUGACUUCCCCAACCCUACUAAAUCCCACUGAGCUAAACCCUGACAUUGCUGAUAGCCAGCCAAUGUCUGCACCUGUGGCAAGCAAAUCUACUGUGACGUCAGUCAACAACACUAACUAUGCAACUCUUCAGAACUGCUCCCUUAUUUCUGGUCAAGAUCUACUAUCAGUACCCUUGACCCAGGCUGCCCUUGGGGAAAUAGUUCCCACAGGUGAAGACCAGGUGGGUCACCCCUCCCCAACAGUACACCAGGAUUUCGUCAGAGAACAUCAUUUAGUUAUGCAAUCAGUAGCUAACAUAAAAGAAAAUUUCUUAACAAAUUCUGAGAGCAAAACAACAAGCAACUUAAUGAUGCUGGACUCCAAAUCCAAGUAUGUCCUAGACGGCAUGGUGGAGACUGUCUGUGAAGACCUGGAAACAGACAAGAAAGAGCUUGCCAAGCUCCAGACUGUCCAAUUGGAUGAAGAUAUGCAAGACUUGUAAACUUAAUAUCCUUUUUUUUCCCCCCUGGCAUCAGAAGGCAAAUCUUUUCAUGAAGACCUGAGGACAUAAAGCAUUUUCCCAUUUGAAGGGAAACAUUAGUUUUGAAAGUAAGUGCAUUCAAGAGACCUUGGAUUGAUCUGCAUGAAGAUCACAGUUAAAUAGCUGAAGAUCACAGUUAAAUAUGCAGGAAUAGAACUGCAUUACUGCAUCCUUUUGGUUCUCUUUUCAAUAGAUGGAGACAGACAUCAGAGAUGAAAUAUAUCAAGAAGUCAAAAUGUAUCAUUUGGUGGACUUAAUUCUAAGGUCAAAUGGAACUUGGUAGUUUUUUAAAUUAAAAAUGUAUACACUUAAGGUAGAAAAUUAAAUAUCACUACAGAACAUUAGAAACAAUACAGUUCUUUUUGUUUACUUUUACUCCAUGGGCAUUGGUAAGGUUAAGAAGCAUAAGUGGUACUUCAUACAAUUCUAAGGAUGUAUUUUUUGAAUAUAUGCAUUUCUGUUUUUCAGCAUUUUUUUGACAGUCUUGCUUUGUCUCUAUACGAUUCCAAAUGUGAUUGCUAAUAGUUUAGUGUGGCUGAGAAAGUUCACAACUCCACUAAGAAAACUGAAACAACCUUCAGUAUGAGUGUAAAUAUAUUAGUCCUAUAAGCAAGGAUUUGGGUAAUUACAGUGAAUUUUAUUUAUGCUGUAUAUGUUUCUCU